GGAGGAGGGGGACGUGCUCUCUAGCCCCCCUCGGCCGACAUAAUAUCCGACAAAUAUCAAUAUUAUCUUAUCAGACAAGUAAAGCAAUGAUUUUCUGAAUAAUAGCAUCAAACAUGACAUAGUUAUCUCUCUUAUCUCUAAAGUUUUUUUGGCUAUUGACUAUUUUAGAAAUAAAGGAUAUUUUUUAUAAAAUGAGUAUUUCUACCGUUUUUGUUGGUGGGUUUGGCAGUGCUAUUUUGUUGUUUGAACUUCAUAUUGAUUCUUUAGAAAUAAAGCAUUCAAGACUUUUUUAUAAAGAAACAUUUCAAUCGGAAAGUUGUCCAUCUUUUUUAGAAACUUUUGACAAUAAAAUUUAUUCUGUAAACGAAGUUGAUUAUUUUGAUGGUAAAAAAUCUGGUGGUCUAACAUAUUUUGAGAUUACUGAUUCUGGAACACUUAACAAAGUUCAAGAACAAUGUUCAGGUGGUUUAAGUCCAUGCCAUUUAGCAUACAGCUAUGAUAAAAACUGUAUUUAUGUUGCGAACUAUGCAUCAGGCCACUUUGCUGUGUUUAAAGUUGACAAAGAUGGUAGUUUAGGAAGCUUAUUGUACAGUAAAUAUUUUGAUACUGGAAGUGGGUGUAAUACUGAAAGGCAAUCCUCAAGUCAUCCUCAUGGAGUUUACAUAAAAGACAAUUAUGUUUAUGUAGUUGAUCUUGGUGCAGACCGUAUUUGGUGUUUUAAUCAUAAAAACGAGUCAUUGAGUUUGAGUCCUGUGUGUAUUUUAACUCCUUCUGGUUCUGGACCCAGACAUAUGGUUUUUCACAAAAUUUAUAGUUUAGCGUUUGUGUUGACAGAACUAUCUAAUGAAAUUUUAGUUUAUUCAUAUGCAUCUGAGACUGGUAAUUUGAAAUUAAUUUCCUCCUAUCCUUUUAUAUCAGAUGCCAGUCAGAAUGAAAAUGGUGACCUAGAAGAAAACUUUGGUUCAGAAAUACUCAUUCAUCCAAAUGGAGAGUUUUUAUAUAUAAGUAACCGCGUUCAUGGAGCCAUAAUAUCUUAUAAGAUAUUAGAUUCAGAAGGUAGUUUAAAAAAGAUUCAACAUUACUUAACUGCUGGAACAUGGCCUCGUCAUUUUGCAAUUCAUCCUAGUGGAAAGGUUAUUCUGUGUGCUGAUCAGUUUAAGGACAUAGUUGAAGUUAUUGCUGUGAAUGCAUCAACUGGAAUGCUAGAAAAAAUUGAAAUAGUGGAAUGUAAAAACCAACCUUCAUGCAUUGUGUUUAAAAAGUUCUAAAGAAUGUUUACAGAUAUACUAUUUCAUAUUUCAUUGAUAUAUAAAAUGUUAGAGGGAUUUACUUACUAAUUUUUUUAUAUAUGUUUUCUUAGUUUUUUGUUGCAAAAAUUUUUUCUUACAAAAUUUAUAAAUUUCAUACAACACAUAAAAAUACAUAUGCACUUUUUUAUAUAAUAAAUGGAUUAUUAUUUAAAGACAUUUUGAGGCUCAAAUAAUUUUUGAAUGUUUCUUUGUAAAAUAUGCUUUAUAGAUGAUUAUAAAGAUCUUGAUAGAAAUGAAAUAUAUAAAGAAAAACACAGUUUUCAAUUCUUUACAAUCUUUGUUAAACACAACUUACAAGUUUACAAUCUUUGGUUUAUUAAAAAUAUAAUAUUGCAUCAA